AUGAAAAGCAAAGAAAAGCAUCUAUACCUAUGCUUGACCAUCCCGACAACGGACACGGAGUUCAAUGGCAUCGUGACGGAGUUGAGGGAAGUGUUCGCUGCUGUGCACAUAUUGCCUGCCAAUGAAAGGAGGAAAGGCAACCAAGACUUGAAGCAGAAGAGAACUCGGAAGGUGGAACAUGUGCAGAAUGUCGGCUCAUCGCUCGUUGACCGGCUUUUGAAGCUUCGAGGGGAGUCUGGAUCCGUGAAAUCCCAUAGGUGGAGAGACCCUUCACCCUCGAAGAAGCUGGGCCUACAGAGGCACGUGUUCGGCCUGAAUGUGCCGACGGUGCUGCGGGAGACGCUAUUGGUGGAGCUCACCAUGGUGCGUUUUCUCGCACAUGACGAUGAUGGUGCUCCAAGCCCAGUCGUCGACGAUGAGCCCGAAGAAGAGGCGGAGGCGGUAGAGGUAGAGGCCAAAAAAGAAGAGCGGGCCGGGCGGUCCAAGAUUGCAACCCUUGCAGCACGCUUGUGUGCAGAUCAGUGCCUUGGCCUACGGUCAAAGACUUGGAACGCAGGCAGUGAAGGACAACGCAGAGAGCAGCAACGGGGUCUGAUCACAUUUUCUGUUUGCCGCAGCAUUGUGCUGAAACCGCUGAAGAAAAGUGUUCGCCACGCCAUGCCGCGGGGCGGCCGCCCUGGGCUCCGUAGAGCUUGGAUGCUGCCAAGCGUUUGCAUCAUCGUUGAGCUGCUAGCUCGACGUCCCAAGCUGCUUGGCUUUGGAACAGUAUCCAACUUGGAUCCUUUCAAGUCCCGGGCCGCAAGUUCCCUCAGUUCCCUCAGCCCUGCCGAGAGAGAACUGGAGAGAAAGCUCCGCAGCGCCUCGGAGUGGGAAGUGGUUGACGCCGCCGUGUCUUCAUACACUGGCAACUCUUCACGGAUCUACGUAUUGGCGAUGAAUGCGGCCAUCCACUACGACCAACUUCUGCAAGGAGCAUCGUUGUACAGAAAAUGCAAGGAGAGCUGUCAGCAGGAUUCCUUCUGCUAUUCCACAGCCUUGCGAAUCUUCGGGCAGCUGGAAGACACUGAAAGAGUAUGUGAGGUAUAUCAAGAAGCCUUGAAGGACUGUGGCUUGAAUGGACAUCUGGCGAUGUCUCGGAUCUCCGCCGCAGCCAGGGUGGCUGAUGUGAAAACCGUUGCGCAGGUCCUUGAUCAAAUGGAAAGUCGCAGAGUGGAUAUCGACCUCUACCACUUGACGUCGGCCAUUCGAGCAUGUUCAGACUUUGAGAGCAAGGAGCGGCAUCUGGUUGCAGAGUACUUUUUCACACAGAUCCACGAACUCAGAUUGCAACCUGAUACGGCCGUCUUCAGCAGUAUGGUUGCAACACAAUGGCAAGCCCCUCUGCCGGUGAUUGAUUCACUCUACAUUGACAUGAAGAACAUGCAGGUAGAGCCAGACAAACUUUUCGCAGAGUUGUAUUUGACGACGGUGUUGCAAAAACCUCGCGGACAGAUUUGGGACAGGAACAACAAGUUUCUUGAGUCAGUCUUGCAAAAUAAACCACUGGAUCGCGUGAAAGCUGCUCAAAAUGCGUUAUUGGAUUUUCACGAUGCCAAUGUGACACUGUCCCGGCUGUGUAAGGAUAUCGAUUAUGUGCUGAGGCAAAGAUACAAACCGCCAGAUUCCCAUGACCCUUACCUCUGAAGGUGCGUAAAAGAUGGUCAGCUCGUACCAACCGGUCAGGGCUCGCAUCAUGUGAUCCAUUUCUUACCAACUUAAGGGGCCAAGAAGACACCGGGGCCAAGCCAUCCGAUUUGGACAGCUGAUCGCGACCGAAUGCAGCUCCGUGGAAAUUUGGAGAAGCCGAAGAUCGCAGAUAUCGCAGAGCGUUGGCGAGUUCGCUCCCAGUUUCUCAUAGGUCAAGAUGUGCGAUGAGAUCCAUGAGCGGACCUGUAGAUGACAUGAGAUUGGAA